UCACACACGCGAGACGCCGGCAGAAGAAGCGCGCGAGUCCCGGUGUUUAUGUUUCAUAUUUGCGCUCGUAUUGUUAUAAAUACAACAAAUGGGACGCUGACGGGGGACUGAUCGUGUCCGGAAGUAUGGAGGAGUUUCUGAAGCACUUUAAAAACCACAGCAGAGCGGAGCAGCUCUGGCUCUCUCAGGUGUUCGAGGCGGUGCAGCAGCAGCUCUUUCCUCUCCUCGAUGCGUCCCGGGGUCUGUCUGUGUCUGGUCUGUCUCUGAGCGUCGUGUCGAAGGUUCAGACGGCCUUCAGCUCCCUCAGCUCUGACUUACCUGUCAGCUACAGGUUCGUGUCGGUGUCGGAGCUGAUCCGUGAUCAGAGAACCGCCUGCUGCAGCAGCCUCAGCUGGAGCUCCGCCCACUACCGGGAACAAGCCAGGGGGGCGGAGCUAAAGCUCCCCGCUCACAAAGCCAUUCCUAGGGACAACCUGCUUCUGAUUGGCUGUCUGUGUGACGGACGGGCCGUGGGGACCAGUGAGGGCGUCUGGAGGGUUAGAGACGCCGGAGGGAGCCUAGCGUGUGCGAUGCUGAAGUCCUCUAGUCUGUGGCUGGGGAGACUGAUGCUGUUUCCCUCGUGGAACUACAUCCCCCAUGAUGCACCUGGGCUAGGUUACCUGGAGCUGCUGGAGCCUCCGGUGUGUGUGACUCUCGAGGCCAUGGCCUUUGACCCCGGAGGAGCCCUGAGUGAGGUCAUGAGCGUGAUGCGGGCGGCUGAGCUUCUCAGACAGAGGUGUGGGGAUCAGGUGUGUGUGUGUGUCAGCGGUCAGGUCAGUGUGGUGUGUCCUCUGCUGGUGAUUCGUGGGAAGCGGUUCUUCUGUCUGGUCCUCAGUGAAGAAGGGUCCUCAGUUCCUGUGUUCAUCACAGAAGCCAAGCAUCAGUACUGGAGGCAGUGUGUGUGUGUCGGCCGGAGUGUGUGUAUCUCGUCUCUGCGUGUGUGUUCACUUCAGGGGAUGCAGGGCCAGCGUGUGCUGACAGACAGCUGUCAAUCACGCCUCCAUCCGCACCUGCAGAACCGGGAGAACUCAGAGGAUCCAGACACACACUCUGUCACUGAUGACACACACUCAGCCGACACACACUCCGCUGACACACACUCCGCUGACACACACUCCUCUGACACACACUCCGCUGACACACACUCCGCUGACACACACUCCGCUGACACACACUCCGCUGACACACACACAGACUCCAUCAAUGAUGACACACACUCCGCUGACACACACUCCGCUGACACACACUCCGCUGACACACACUCCGCUGACACACACUCCUCUGACACACACUCCGCUGACACACACUCCGCUGACACACACUCCGCUGACACACACACAGACUCCAUCAAUGAUGACACACUCCCCGCUGACACACACUCCGCUGACACACACUCCGCUGACACACACACAGACUCCGUCACCGCUGACACACACUCCACCGACGCAGUGUUCAGGUCCGGUUCUGCAGUCAGAGUCAAGCGUUCCAAGCUCAUCAGCUUUAAGGGUACGGUCACGAAGAUCUUGAAUGCAGAGGCGGGGCUUUAUGAGAUUGACGGACAGGUGGGGCUUUGUCUGGCCUAUCAGCCGGCUCAGAAAUGGGGCGGCGGCUUGAGGCCGGGGGCGGAGAUUCAGCUUCACAAUGUUCACUUCAUAUACCGGUCUUCCCCGUUUGCUCCGAGUGUGGUUCUGUGUGCGUGUCUGCGCUCCAGCCUGCAGAUCACUUCCUUCAGCCGCCUGAGGUCAAAGGUGGAGGUGUCGGGGUCACACGGGCCGCUGCAGCGCCUCCUGCUGGAGAAGAAUCUGGGCCCGUCGCAGUAUCUCUGGCUCUGCUACUGUCAGGACGCGGUCGCUGAGAGGCUGUGUCCUCGCUGGGUGAGAGCUGAGCGGGUGUGUGUGGUAGCUGAGCGGCUGCUGGACGUCGUGUGUGACCCUGAACAUAAGACACAAAAGAAGAGAGACAUUUACAGAGAGAUGAUACAGAAGCCACACCAGUGCCCUGUUACUAUGUUCUGUGUGUGGUGGCCGUCUACGGCGCUGUGGUCUCUGAAGCAGCUCUCUGAUUGGAUGAGGCACGAGGUGUGGUCUUCGCUCUCGCUGGCGUCUCUCCUGCCACCGUCUGCGGCUCACAUGACUGCGCUGGAGCUGAACUCGGCUCUGUCCUGGUCCGUGCACACUGUCCAACUGACGGACGUGGCCCCGGAGCCGCUGCUGUUACUGGGGGUCCUGGAGCUGGACCCGACCCGCGCCACGCUGCAGCUCAGAGACCAGACACACACACUCGACUGCUUGUGUGUCUCAGAAGACAGAACCGCACAUAUCAGCACGGCCUGGCAAGGUUGUCUAGUGUGUGUGCAGCGGUGUACGUUAGUCAUGGAGAGGUUCAUGAAAUCGCAAUUUCCUUCCUGGAAACACCUGGAUCAGCCGAGUUACAUCACACACAAAGACUGCAGGUUGUAUCUCCAGCUGUGUGUGGAUGAUCUGAUCAUCAUCAGUCCGUCUGCUGCCAUGAGCCGCUGUCUGAUGGAGGACAGGCAGGCGGGCCGAGCGAGCGCUAAGCGACCUCCGACCCCAGUGGCGUGUGUCAGUGUGCUGCUCAGACUGGAGUGGAAGCAGGCCGUGCUGCUCAGACCGGAGCCAGGCUUCGUCUGCGGGGCCGUGUGUCUGGGAGACGCUCAGCGCUGGAGCCACGACCCCAAAAACACCCGGCCCCUGGAGAGAGAGAGACUCGGAGACGCCCAGCAGAUUGAGCUGCACUUCACGGGUUCUUGUGUUCGCUGGUUCCCCGUCCUUCAUCCUGGAUGUGUGUACAGAUUAAUCGCACGCAACACUGAGGAUGUGAGUCUCUUAAAAGCCAAGGGGGUUUUAGCGAGGGGCGGAGUCACACAGCUCAGUAGCCCCGCCCUCCUGUUGCAGCCACAGUGGCGCAUUCACACAAUCACUGAAGAGCUGCCGGACACACAGUCAGGUGUUCCUGAGUUCCUGAGCGUGUCUGAAGUUCUUCUCAGCAGCUCCGCCCCCGAGAUCGUCUCCUUCCGCGGAGUCAUCACUCAGCGAAUCACAUUACAGGAGGACAGCGGCUCUAGACCCAGGAUCCAAUCGCAGACGGCGGCGGAAGAGCAGGACGUCCGGCUGCGUUUGACCGUCCGGGACGCCGAGCGGCCUGGUCACGUGAUCGACGUGUAUGUGGAUCUGUCGUGGGGUCCGUACACACUCGGCCUGAUCCCCGGGGCCGCGCUUUCAGUCCGGCACGUCCAGCGCAAGCUCUCCAAAGUGUGUAACGUGUACUGCCGCUCUCUGCCCGUCAGCUGUGUGUGUGUCACUGAUCUGACGUCGGUGUGUUCGAGGUCAGGUGUGGCUCCGCCUCUUCCUCCCAUGAUGCUCUUGGGCGAGUGGGCGGCGAGCCGGACGCAGCGCUGUGUGCUGGCUCAGGUCAAAGGUCACGUGGUGUGUGUGUUGUCUCUGCGGCUGCAGUGGACGUGUUCUCUCUGCGGGAGCAUCUUCGGACAGGCGUCUUGUGGCCGAACUCACCCGCCGUGUGACUCCACCAGCGCAGUGUUUCAGGCCGAGGCCAAGGUGGUGCUGGAGGACGGCUCCGCUGACGCUCACGUCUGGUUCUCGUCUGACUCUGUCUGUGAUCUGCUGAAGCUGAAUGCGGGUCAGUGGGAGGGACUUCAGAGACACGUCAAGGUCAAAGGUCACGUGAAGGUGUACACACGCGGACGCAGCAUGACGUGUGACGAGGACCCUGACGAUGUUUUAGUUCAGUAUCUGAGCUGUCUGUGCUCCAGCGCCGCUGUGUGUCGUCAGAUCCACCUCACCUGCAGACUGAGAGCUCAGAGAACAGGGAAAUCUCAGCUAAAGAAAGUUCAUCGCGGUCAAACAGAAUUCAUCUGCAAAUUCCCACCUGCACUACAGUUACAGUGCACACACAUACACACACAUACAAGCACAGUCAGUCACACAUGCUGAACACACACACACACACACACACACACACAGACACGCACACACACACAGACACGCACACACACACAGA